ACUUUUUGAAAAUGCCAUAUUACAGCUGUGGAAAACCAAUAUUUUAUUCUAUUGCAAGGCAAGGUGUAGGAGCUCCUCUCUUCUGAUAAACUGGUUCUUUUUGUUAAGCAAGUUUAUAUGACUCAACUUCUAAACGCUUACAAACCAGAAUGCUAUGCAUACUGCACACCUCAGUUUCUUGCUGCUACAUGACCUAAAACCAAAUGACUGAAGAACUGAAAUGUAUUUUCCUAGUUUACUAAUGAGUGAUUCUUUUGAAAGUAUAUAGAGUUUGCUGAGACUUGUUUAAUAAGUAGAACAUAAAUUGGGUAUGGUGAGGUUUUGAAGAGCAGGAGUAGGAGUUUUAGUUAUCAUUGGCCGUGUUCUCAGAGAGUGAUUCAGGUGUUACAGCGACUCAGACCUCAGGUCCAACAUCUGUGUUCCAAAGCAAGAAUGGCUGAGAUGGACAGAGUGCUUCAUUCUGGAAGGAAACAACGUUCCAGGUCAAAUUGAGUCUGCCAAACACAGUCCUUCACGAUGGUUCUGGAAGAAAUCUCGACAAGUCUUAUCAUGUGGUUUUCCUGCGCCUUGAUUCCUUGUUUGCUCAUAGAUGCAGUGGCUGUCCUGCCUGCCCCUCAGAACCUCUCUGUACAAUCGACCAACAUGAAACAUGUCUUGACAUGGAGCCCGGUGGUCGUGCCUGAAGAAAUAAUACACUAUUCUGUCGAGUACCAGGGAGAGUACGAGAGCCUGUACAUGAGCCACAUCUGGAUCCCCAGCAGCUGGUGCUCCCCCACUGCAGGUCCUGAGUGUGACAUCACGGACGACAUCACUGCCACUGUGCCCUACAACCUCCGCGUCAGGGCUGUCCUGGGCUCACAGACCUCAGCCUGGAGCACCCUGAAGCAGCCCUUUAAUCAAAACUCGACCAUCCUCACCCCACCUGGAAUGGAAGUCACCCAGGAUGGCUUCCACCUGGUUAUUAAGCUGGAAGACCUGGGGCCCCAGUUUGAGUAUUUCGUGGCCUACUGGAGGAAGGAGUCCGGUGCCGAGGAACACGUCAAGAUGGUGAUGAAUGGGGGUGUUCCAGUGCACCUGGAAACCAUGGAGCCAGGCUCUGCCUACUGCGUGAAGGCCCAGACCUUCGUGAAGGCCAUUGGGAGGCACAGUGCCUUCAGCCAGGCGGAAUGUGUCAAGGUGCAAGAAAAUAACCAGUUCACCCCAGAAGUUAAUCAGCUGCAGAAGGGAGGAGGUAGAAGUCUGUGCAAUGGCCGGGCUGUCUUCCAAGGAGCUCCUUGGGGUCUUCAUCUAGCAGGCUGGGGAUGGGGCCCAGCUGAAGCUGGAAAUUGUGGUCUGCAUGACACAGGAGCCUCGAGGGGAAAGUCCUUGUUGCUGUUUUCCUCCAUGAGCAAAGGACAAGAGAAGAGCCUGCUGUGCUCCUGUCCCAGAAGCAAAUGUCUGAGGCAGGGUAUUGUGGCAGCCGGAGCGCUGAGUGCAGGUCAGGAGAUGUGACCUCUGGCACUGGAUCUAUCUGUCAUGUACUGGUGGAAUGACCCUGGGGAUAGUGACUGUCUCUCUACUCCUCAGUUUUCUCAUCUAUAAAAUGGGAGGGGAUUGACUACACAACAAUUAAACCCUAUGUAUAUACAGCCACAUUGUCUCCCCGCCACUAGCAGAGCUGUCUGGAAAUUGACAACACUGUACAUUGUGACAGUUCAGCUUCUCUGAAGAGCUGUCUAUACAUGUGUAACGAGAAUGAUCCAAGGCUCUAUACACCUGCUGGCUUGGAGAGCCCACUUUUCUAGCAGAACCUUGAAGAGGAAAGGAAGGAUGGGUACAACGGGGUGGACUUCACUUCAAGCCAAAUGCCUGCAGAGAGGUGACUGAAUGGCUCAGCCAGCUCUACAGUUCAUGACCUGGAAGGAGGCCACAGCCCCACUGAAAAUGGAUGUUUGCGGACACUCAGACACGUGAAACGCUGUCCGGGGUAAACAGCGUACACCCCGAGGACAGCGCUAAAAUGCAUGUGCUUGAGGAGAUGCGCCUGCAGGAUGUCAAUAAGUGUGAUGUUUGCCGUGUUCCUUUUUCCUGUAGAGUUGCUAAAGGGCAGAAUGAAAAAUAAAAAGGGGUUGCCUUGGGUUGUCAUUUGGGUUUCUUCCAAAAAAGUGGUCCUUAGUGUUCCAGUUACAUCAUCAACCUUGAAUCCAGACCACCUGAAGGUCGCUUUUGGGUCAGGAGGUUUAACCCCAGGUAGGGGACGGGGCAGGGGAAGAGGUGGGCAGCGUCUGGCUGCGUGGGGACCCUGACAGAGACAGCCGGCCAAAGCCUCACCUGGCCAGGGUCCUCCUGGGGCUUCCUGGAGGCCUCACUCUACAAGAAAUCCCUUGAGAACCUCUUUUCCCUAAGGCAGCCUUCUCAGGGUAUCCUUAACAAUUCCAGCUCGUUGAUCAGGGCCCAGCCUCUUCCUGACCCUCUCCUCGACCUCCUGAGGAAGAAUCAAAGUCACAGAAGGAAAGGAGGAGGGGCAGUUUCUUGAAGGCUGAAGCGAUUGGCCAGCAAACCUGCGCCUCCCUUCUCAGACCCCGCCCCUCCCAGCUCUGCAGCCUCUGAGCCGGUUUGUCUCCACCCCCACUUCCUGGGCCCCUUCCAGCCAGUCCAGACGUGGGGCAGCCUAACUGCUUCAGCCAGGUGUUUCCCCUACAAGCUGGAGGCCCACCGCCCUCUCUCCACCUGGUGGGGGUUCAAGGAGCCAGGGGAGGGGCUCUCUCUAGAUAGAUUGCCGAAGGUCUUCUCCUUUGUACCAUUUUGUGUGCUUUGCAUUGUCCGACUCUUUUACGAAGAGUGUGUGUUAGUUUCACAUUUGGCCUAAACUGGACAUGUAUGUUUUGUUUGCAGAAAUAAAGACUCUACUACCA